AUGUCACCUUCACUUUUGGGGUCCUUCACUCCAGUGCCCCGCAAUCUGAAAGGGCACAGGGCCAAAGACUGUUGCUUCUGUGGCUUUUUCUGGCCAUGGCGAGGCUUGAGCAACUUGAGCAAGCCUGCGCCUGCCAAGAUCGUCCAGGAGGAUGAGGAUGCAGCGCCGCCCGAUGUCAAACUUCAUAAUAUUUACAAGGGGCAGGUUCGGCGAUUCCUCGAGUACGGUGCCAUCAUUUCUUUGGGAGGUAAAGCAGAAGGAUGGAUUGAUCCCCGGGAGCUUCAGGAAAGCGGGGAAUGGAUUCGAGCAGCUGACCAUUUAAAAAGGAAGCAGUCUUGCUUCGUGCGAGUCAUAGGUGUUGGAGAGGGGUUGCUGAGGCUGUCCAUGCGUGACGUGGAUCAACGGACGGGCAAGGCACGGCGAGUUGCAACAGUUCAGCGUGAACUUUCAACCCCACGAAAGUCUAGGAUUGGGACAACGAGGGUGAGGAGGAACGGAUCCAGUCAUUUGGCAGACUCACUUGAUGAAGUUUUUUGUUCCACAUGCCCUCUACCAUACAUGCGGCUCUGGGGUUCUACUCGACAGGACGGAGAUGACAAAACGGCACGGUUGCUUCAUGCCUGGACCAAUACAAAGUUUGACGAUCUUUUCCGAGACAUCCAAGACCGCUUCGAGACAGCAAGGCAGCUGAGCCUGGCAGCUUUUGACAACAAGGACUGGAUGACGGCUACGUUGGCUUCUUCGAAAGCUUUGUGGAUGCUAGAGUUGGCUGCUGGGCUCUUUGUGGCCAAAGUGCGCUACCGCCGUGCUGUGGCCUCCGAGAAACUCGGACAUCUGAUGCAGUCACUGGAGGAUGCUGAGAGCGUGCUGCGCAUCAAGCCUGACAGCGAGGCCAUGUGUGCGAUGAGGACGCGGGUUGUAUGGGCAAGUUUCGGUGGGAUAUUUCCAAGACAUCAGUCGCUGCCAGGAUCCACGCCGGUUGUGGAAAGCAUUCGUGCUGCAAUGGCAUCCGGAUAA